AUGCCGGUGACGUUCGAGGAUGUGGCGGUCACGUUCUGCCCCGAGGAGUGGCGGCGCCUGCGGCACUGGCAGAAGGAGCUCUACUGGCACGUGACGAGGGACAUCUACGAGCUCGUCACCUCGCUGGUGGAGGCCGGGGCCGCGUGCUCGGAGGAGGAGAGCGCCGGGGAGGACGGGGACGGCAUCCGGCGCCGCGCAGCACCCGCAGCGCCCCGUCCGCUGGAACCGGGCGCCGCGGGGCCGCCGCGGCCCUUCCCCUGCGGCGAGUGCGGCAAGCGCUUCUCGCACAGGGGCGACCUGAAGACGCACCUGCGCGUGCACACGGGCGAGCGGCCCUACGGCUGCCCCGACUGCGGCAAGCGCUUCACGCAGCGCGGCUACCUCAAGGUGCACCGGCGCGUGCACACGGGCGAGCGGCCCUUCGCCUGCGCCCAGUGCGGCAAGCGCUUCGUCUGCAAGGGCGACCUGCGGGUGCACGCGCGGCUGCACACGGGCGAGCGGCCCUUCCUGUGCGCCCAGUGCGGCAAGAGCUUCCGCCGGCGCGUGGAGCUGCGGGCGCACGCGCUGGUGCACACGGACGAGCGGCCCUUCGCCUGCGCCCAGUGCGGCAAGAGCUUCCGCAGGAAGGUGGAGCUGCGCGUGCACGCGCUGGGCCACACGGGCGAGCGGCCCUUCGGCUGCGCCGAGUGCGGCAAGCGCUUCGCCUCCAAGAGCUACCUGCGCGUGCACCUGGUGCAGCACCGCGCCGAGCGGCCCUUCGCCUGCAGCGAGUGCCCCAAGAGCUUCGCGUCCAAGGGCGCGCUCGAGGUGCACCGGCGCGGCCACACCGGCGAGACGCCCUUCGGCUGCGCCGAGUGCGGCAAGCGCUUCGCCUCCAAGAGCUACCUGCGCAUGCACGAGAAGAUCCACGUGCCCGGGAAGCCCUUCGGCUGCGCCGAGUGCGGCAAGACUCUGGAGCUGUGUGAGAACAACAACCCCCAGCGCCUGGCGCUGAUCAACCGGGACACGGCAAGGAGUUAG